AUGAGUGGAGCUGGUGGUUUUUAUAAGUACAGAUGCAAGUACUUCUAUACACAUAACUGCCCCAACUGGGUCUGGGUGAAUAAUGCGCCUUGCGCAUCAUGUCUUGCUGAUGGGCGCGAUAACGAAGAACCUUCAUUACCGCCAUGGGGGCUGUCCCGAGAUAUUGUUGUCCCACAAGUUCUCGACGGCAUUCUUCAAUACACUCUAAUGGAGCUCGUAGCUCCCUCAGAACCUGGCGACGACUGGACUCUUCGGGAUAAGGCCAGUCGACCACCACCCUCAAUUCCCGUAACAAGCGCUAUGCCAGGCAUACCGAGCAUCAUGGCACAUCAUCGAUUUUAA